UUGUGAGCCCCGUCUACGGAAAAGAACAAAUUGAGUUUGAUAAUAAAAACAAAAUAUCAUUGCCAUAUACAACAUAUUUCGAUCUUCUUAUUAUUGAUUGGAAUGCGACAGGUUUUUCGAGUAGACUACAAUCUCGAGUGUUUUCGAUUUUCAAAUAAAAAACGUGUCUUUAAAUUCCACUUGUGGCGAUUUCAAAAACGAUUUGUCAGUUGAUUCAAAAAUAAGUGACGUUUGUUGUGAUUACCAAACUGCAUAACGAAUCUAAAAAAACCGUUUUCUAUGGCAUUGUGAUUUUUCUGAACCACUAGAAUUACAAACUUGGAUGUGAAAAGAGAGGGUUGCGCAAUUGCACGGUGAAACACAGCAGUCAGAUGAUAGUGCACAGAAAACACACAUACGAACUACAUGGUGUUGAUUAAUAUCCAACUAAUUCGAAUGGAAUAAAACUGGCAAAAUGAACUUCAAUAUAAUAGGAUCUAAUGUUCGAAUUUUAGCUCGGACGAUACAUUUUUUCUCUAGAAUUGGAAAUGAACUUUACUUAGAAGCAUUACCUACUGGACUUUCAUUGAAGGUAAUAAACUCUGCAAGUACUGCCUUUGUUGUUGCCAACAUCAGUAAGAAAUACUUUAUGCACUUUAACCAAGGUGCUGAUGAACAAUUCGAGCAAAAUAAUUGUAAAGUCUCAAUAAAACCUCUACUAAAGAUCUUCAAAAGUAUCCCAAAAAUUAUAAUUUGCAAAGUAUGGUUGGAUCUUCAACGAAUGAAAAUAAUUUUUCGAUUUGAAUGUAAAUCAUGUGUUAGAAAAACACACACAAUUUCGUUGCUCGAAUACGAGGGUAUCAGGCCAUUGCGAUUGCCUGAAGUGUUUCCAAUGAAAAUCAUUGGAAAUCACACGAUCUUCGGACGCAUAUUGCUUCAUAUCCACCGUUCGGUCCGUGAAGUAACGCUCGAUGCCAAGACCGAUGAAGUAGUUGUGUCUAACUACAUCGAAAAUAGAGAGACCGACCGCACAACCUUGCGAUCCAAACUAUCCAUCAGCAGCGCAGCGUUUAUGCUAUACGAUUUGGAAUCUCCCUCGAACAUAACAUUCUGCUAUAAGGAAUUCAAAGCGAUGGCUUAUUACGCAGGGCAGAAUAAGAUGAAUGUAGAGAUGAAUUUCGACCGAGCAGGAUCACCCAUUAUGAUUAGAAUGAAGAAAGAUGACGUGCUUACUAUUCAUUUCAUUAUGGGUACCAUGAGGCCAAAAAUAAGGUCUCAAAAAAGAAGCGUUCAACGAGCCAACAGAAAAUUGACGGAUAAUUCUAGGGCGAAACGAAACACAAUGGCUGACAGCGAAAGAAUUGAUACGUGCAAUACAUUGGAUGAUGAUCGGACUCAAAUGACAGAAUUCGAAGGAUCACAUAGUGAAGCACGCAUAGUGUUGGAUCGUAGGAAGGGUACAGCAUCCAAAGGUACAAACACUAUUCUAGAUGGGUCUUUCUUCGAGGGCAUUCAUGUGCCACCUCAAAAAUCCUCAACAAUAAUCGACACUGAAGGAGCCGGCUCAAGCAGAACAGCUUCGUUUGUGGAUAAUGCUAGAAAUCAGAUGUCGGAAAUGGAAAUAAGGAAUAGUCGAUUGCGAGACAAUGCAUCAACAGUGAGAGGAAGCCCAGCACCGCCAAUCACCACGAUGUCUUCUUUACCAGAAGCGCGUCGAAGUGAAGUAGCUUCUAGAAGCAUGUUCAAGGAUGUAGAGACUUUGGAACGUGGCAAUCUUCAAGCGAAUUCAGUUGACUCCAUGCUGCGACGGCCUGAUUCAUAUGACGUAGUUUUUGUUGGUAAUACAGACGAUCCUAAUUCUGAAAGUCAGGAUCAUAUCGCAACGCCUACGAAUAAACGACGCCUUCUUUCGCUCUCCUUACAACGAUCUACCCCACCACCCAUCGCCAUUUGUUCAAAUCUAAUGUCCAUCGAUUCAGAAAGAAAUGAACAAGCGUCCUUUGAUCGAAUCAGCAUUCCAGAAACGUUAGAGUCCCAAGAAGCGAUUGCUGAAAGACAUCGUAAAGAGCAAAAAAUGCGUCACAUUUUCAAAAAGUGUUUUGAAGACACGGUUGAUCCCCGAAGCCUUAUCACGCCAAGCCAAAUCUUUGCGGAAAACUCUGAUCCAGAGGAUUGAAAUAUAAAACCGUUUGUUGUUAAAUGUAUAAAUAUAUUUCCAUUCAAUUUGUA